GCUGCACCGUACGGGACAGCGCCCGGGGGGGCCCGGCCUGUGGUCCCCGUAGCCCGGCUCUGACAGCGGCAGAUAAUGAACGGGCCAAUUAUCAAGUGCCCCGUCCCUUGUCCUACAGCCCAGCUUCCGGCAGCCAGAGGGUUAGGGACACCCAGGGCACGGGGUUGUGUCCCUGACUAUCUUGGCUAAUAGCCAUUGAUGGGCCUAUGUUUUUAACCUACUUAUACUUUUGGCCUCCACAACAUCCCCUGCUAACAAGUCCACAGGUUGACUGUGCGUUGUGUGAGGAAGUACUUCUUUUGGUUUGCCUUUUAAUUUCAGCUGGCAACCCCUCGUUCUUAUAUUACGGGAAGGGGUAAAUAACACUUGUCUAGUCACUUUCUCAACAGCUCUAGCAUAGCCUUCCUUAGUUCUCUCUUUUAAAGCUGAACAGUCCUACUCAUUUUAAUCUCUCCUUGUAUGGAACCUGUAUCCCCUCGUAAUUUCUGUUGUCCUUUUCUGUACCUUUUCCAAUUUUUAUAUACACACACUCUUUCUCUAUCUGAGAUGGGGCGACCAGGACUGCAUGCAGUACUCAAGGCAUCUGGCAACAAAGUCAGCAGACAGUCUGUGCUCUGCGGAAGCCAGAACAUAGUUCUGAAUGGAAAGACGAUAGUUAUGAAUGAUUGUAUUAUUCGUGGUGAUCUGGCAAACGUAAGAGUUGGACGCCACUGCGUUGUGAAAAGCCGCAGUGUCAUCAGGCCGCCUUUCAAGAAAUUCAGCAAGGGAGUUGCUUUCUUCCCUCUCCACAUUGGUGAUCAUGUCUUUAUAGAAGAAGACUGCGUUGUCAAUGCAGCCCAGAUCGGCUCCUACGUUCACAUAGGCAAGAACUGUGUCAUUGUCCUGCAGCCUCCUCAGCCACUUCAGAGGAAGAAAGGCAGCCAGCUGGGUCGUAGGUGUGUUUUGAAAGACUGCUGCAAAAUUCUAGCCAACACAGUUCUACCCCCUGAAACCGUGGUCCCGCCUUUUACAGUCUUUUCAGGCUGCCCAGGGCUCUUCUCUGGAGAACUCCCAGAGUGCACCCAAGAGCUGAUGAUGGAUGUUACAAAGAGCUAUUACCAGAAGUUCUUGCCACUUACUCAGGUGGCCUCUGCCAGGGCCUAAAGACCAAGUCACCAGCGAAGACCUCACAAACGCAGCCCUGUUAAAAUCCCCUAGAUCUGGCCCUUUUAACCUCCGUCCUCUGGAGCAUCGCUCUGUCCGGGCUCGUCUCUGAACCUCUGCCUGCUGGCUAGCUGCACUGGCUGGAAUGAUGAAGUGUCCCUAGGUUGGUGCCUGCCACCACUGCCUCCUGGGAGUUGUCGUUUCCUGAUGUCUACCAUUAGCCUGAUACAGGAGAAUGAACCACAACUUCCAAGAGGAGGCUUUGCUGCACCGAGCUGGAGCAAACGGCCGCAGUGGAGCUAGUUGGCUUUGGGGGCAAUGGAGACUCUGCUACUGGAUUCCUCUGAUCAGGAACCUUUUAAAAACAUUCUCACUUGCUGAAACAAUAAACCAACCCUGCAUUCUGCCACCA